AUGUUCCUCCAGCCUCUGGACCUCACCACUGCUCUCCGGCCAACCUUGCUCCCUGACGAAGCGCUACUCUUUGUCCAAGAUGCAGUCGGCCUAUAUGAAGGGAAGUACAAAAUACCCGGCCUGCAAAAUGGGCAUGCGUACCUCACAACGCACAGAGCAUGCUACGUCGAUAAUUUGGAACCCCGAAAGAGCUCGAAAGCAGUCGAAUUGAAGAGCGUUGAUAGAUAUGAGUUCUACGCAGGCUUCUUGAAGUCCUCUCCCAAAAUCACUUUGCACCCCAAAGCUCCCAAGCGUGCAUCCGUCCAAAGUCGUAGUCACUCCACUAUCCCCAUUGCUCAGAGAGCGGCACAAUCUCCUUCGCGCAGCUCGACUGCAUCCCCGGUACAUCGCGGAGCAAGCCCUUUUUCGAGCACCAGGUCAGGAUCCAGCACUUCCAGAUUGAGCACUGCGACAUGGGUCUGCACGAUUUGCUCCUUCUCCAAUCCGGUGCCGGCGAAUUUUGAUCCAGCAACUGCAAACUCGAACACGCCUCUGCCCGCAUGUGUGACCUGCGGAGUCAAGCCUUCCUUCCCACAUGUCCUCAAAGCAUCCAUUGCAAACGCUGCAGGACGUCAAGGCUCUCAUUCUCAGAGCCAAGCGUCCGUACAACCACUUUUAGAGAGUCACGGUCAGUACAGUGAGAACUCAAGCAUCGAGUAUAUUGAAGCACAAUGGCGUGAAGAAACUGCUUUGCCAGCAAAGUCCAGGUUCCAGUGCCCUAGAUGCACAUUUCUGAACCAUCCAUCUUUGCUCGCGUGCGAGCUGUGUGGGGCUCCUCUACUCUCAACGGAAUCCAAAGCGGCAAACGUUCUCGGAGAGAGCAUUGGACGUCCCGAAUCUCCUGGUCCAAGCCUCGACAUCACAAGCCUUGGCGUCGAUAACGACACAGAGUGCGUCAAGUUUUCCUUUCGCGUGGGCGGUGAGAAGAUAUUUCACGAACGGCUCAAGGGUGCCAUGGUGCAACGUAAAUGGCUUCUUCAGAACGCUCCUCCAGUUCCAGAUUCAUCCCCAGGCAACAUUGGUAGCACAGCGAUCGGCAUAGAUGGUCAGGUCCGACAGCCACCGGGAAAAGCAAGAACAGUCGGAAUCGCUGGCCUUGAACGUCAAGGUCUUGAGCUCCGGAAAAAGAAUGAAGCAGUCAUAGGUUCUGCAUUCGAAGAUCUUGACGCUCUUAUGGUCUCGGCUAAGGAAGUUGUUGCUCUCGCUGAAAGCUUUGCGAAGAAAUCUGACGAAGGAUCAGCGGACGCCAACCAGCUCAUCGCCGAGUCCGCCAAAGCAUUGGACAUGGUAACAACCAAAGACAUGCUUGGCUCCAGCGCUGGCUCCGAGUCUCUUUAUCUAUCUGAAAUGUCUCGCAACCUCGCGGAGUACCUCACCGAUGACGCUAAGGGCAUUUUGCGGAAAGAAGGAGGCAUCAUGAGUCUGGUUGACCUUUGGGCGAUGUUCAACCGUGCCAGAGGUGGUGUCGAGCUGAUCAGUCCUAUGGAAUUUGGGAAGGCCGCUCGGUUAUGGGAGAAACUCAGAUUGCCUGUACGACUACGGCAAUUCAGAAACGGACUUCUGGUCGUUCAGCAAGCAGACCGAACGGACGACAAGACAAUAGCUCAGCUGCUCUCGUUACUUCAAGAGUUGUACACUUCAUCUGCUCAUACUGAGGUUGAACGGGUUCACAAGGCUUUUGGCCGAGGCAUUACGGCUCAAGAAGCAGCACAGAGGUUUGGAUGGAGCGUGGGUGUCGCAAAUGAGGAACUGGAGAUGGCAGAGGAGAGAGGCGCGCUUUGUCGAGAGGAAGGCAUUGAGGGACUGCGAUUCUGGGAAAAUUGGAUUGUGGAUGAUCAGAGUGACGGUUCUGACGAUGACAUCAAGGUUGAUCCCUUUUAUGAGGUCGAUCCAGUGAUGAAGAAUCUGGAAGACAUGGGAAUCUUUUAA